ACGUAACAUUUACCUACAACAACCAUCGCUUGGACAUCCUGUGUGCCACAACCACCAUCUCCUAUAACUAAGAGCCAUCCAAGCCUAGUCUCAGUAAUCCCAUCAACCAAAGCCUGUGUUCUACAAGACAGCCAACCAGCCAUGGGCCUCAAGGGUGUGAUGGUGUGUUUACUUAUACUGGGGUUGGUUCUCGAACAGGUGCAAGUAGAAGGCAAGAGUUGCUGCAGGAGCACCCUAGGAAGAAACUGCUACAAUCUUUGCCGCGUCCGUGGUGCUCAGAAGCUAUGCGCAGGCGUCUGUAGGUGUAAACUCACAAGUAGCGGAAAAUGCCCUACAGGCUUCCCCAAAUUGGCCCUUGUGUCCAACUCAGAUGAACCAGACACCGUCAAGUAUUGCAACUUGGGGUGUAGGGCUUCCAUGUGUGACUACAUGGUCAACGCAGCUGCUGACGACGAAGAAAUGAAACUCUAUUUGGAAAAUUGUGGUGAUGCUUGUGUCAAUUUCUGCAACGGUGAUGCUGGCCUCACAUCCCUUACUGCCUAAUGAUGUGUAUCCAUGGUCUGAGAUUUCACAGGGCAAGGUGUGUCUGACCUUUGCGUUCAAUAAAAUUGGAUCCCAUCGAGAGUAUCCAAACCAGUGUGUCAACCUGUUUUAUGUGUGUGUAUUUCCAUUCCUUGUUCGAAUAAAAGCCGUCAUAAUGAAUGCCAUGUUGCUGCCGUGAAGUACCGCCAUGACUGAGAUAAAAUGGUACAUGUUGUAUCAUUUGCCUGUGGAUAUAAACUUCAUGAGUACAUGCUUCAAGUAA